AGUUCAGAGAGAGGAGAGAGAGGAGAGGGAGAAGGAGAGGGGGGCAGAAGAGAAGGGGAAAACGAAGAGUACGCGAGGUAGGAAGGAGAGCCUCAGUCUCUUAAGCGCGAAAGGACUCACGGAUUAAGAAUUUGCCGGGCAAUUGGCACCCCGGGAAAACAUCCAGAAAAUCACCAUCACCCAACUCUGACGUUUCCUACUAGAAGUUAGAGACUUCAGCAGUAUUGCCAUCGGAUGCAAAUGGUAGGCUGGAUGCGGUGGGAUACACUCCGGAGCUGAAGAAGUGCAAUUGGAUGUGGUGUGCGUUAAAUACCAGAAGAGCCCAGACCCAGUGGGUAAAAGCGAGGAAAUGUGGAGAGAAUGACUAACGACAAAUCUGUGAAUUUGUUCUCGGGAGUUGCUAAUUUGCCAGCCCGAAGCCACACAUUUUACAAGGAGGAAACGUUUUGCUGCUUCUGAAUUCUCCCCAAACUGGUGCUACCAGAUGCAUGGCUUUCUAUGUGUUGGAGCAAAUCCUUCUUAACUGCAGCCUACCGGGAAAGGGGCAAGGUUGAGGCAACUAAUUGGCUGUCUCCACAUAAGAGAUGAGAUGUAAUGCCUCCUCCUCCUCCUCCUCCUCCUCCAGUCCAUGCACACGUCCUCUUGCAAUUCGUGCAUCACUCCUCAGUGGGAACCUUUAAACUCUAAAAUCCAGGAAAAGAACAUAAAGACAUUAUCAUGGACCUGAGGGAUUUUUACCUGUUGGCUGCUCUGAUUGCCUGUUUAAGGCUGGAUUCCGCAAUAGCUCAAGAACUUAUUUACACUAUUAGAGAGGAAUUGCCUGAAAAUGUGCCCAUAGGAAAUAUACCAAAGGAUCUGAAUAUUUCUCACAUCAAUGCUGCCACGGGGACCAGUGCCAGCCUUGUCUACAGACUGGUUUCGAAAGCUGGGGAUGCCCCUCUGGUGAAAGUAUCGAGUAGCACUGGGGAGAUUUUCACAACCUCCAACAGAAUAGACAGAGAGAAACUCUGCGCCGGAGCUUCUUACGCUGAGGAGAACGAGUGCUUCUUUGAACUUGAAGUGGUCAUCCUCCCCAAUGACUUUUUCAGGCUGAUCAAAAUCAAGAUCAUUGUCAAGGAUACCAAUGAUAAUGCCCCCAUGUUUCCAUCUCCUGUCAUCAAUAUUUCCAUCCCAGAGAACACUUUGAUCAACAGCCGCUUUCCAAUCCCAUCAGCCACAGACCCUGACACGGGCUUCAAUGGGGUACAGCAUUAUGAAUUACUAAAUGGACAGAGUGUUUUUGGACUGGAUAUCGUGGAAACUCCGGAGGGAGAAAAGUGGCCGCAAUUGAUUGUUCAGCAGAACUUGGAUAGAGAACAAAAAGAUACCUAUGUGAUGAAAAUCAAAGUGGAGGAUGGGGGCACGCCACAGAAAUCCAGCACAGCCAUUCUCCAGGUCACAGUAAGUGAUGUCAAUGACAACAGGCCAGUGUUUAAGGAGGGUCAAGUAGAAGUGCAUAUUCCAGAGAAUGCUCCUGUGGGGACCUCUGUCAUUCAGCUCCAUGCCACUGAUGCAGACAUAGGCAGUAAUGCUGAAAUCCGGUAUAUUUUUGGUGCCCAGGUCGCCCCUGCAACCAAAAGACUCUUUGCUUUAAAUAACACAACUGGGCUGAUAACAGUUCAGAGGUCUUUAGAUAGGGAAGAGACAGCCAUUCACAAAGUGACAGUGCUGGCUAGUGAUGGCAGCUCCACUCCUGCCAGAGCCACCGUGACCAUCAAUGUCACAGAUGUAAAUGAUAACCCUCCGAACAUAGACCUCAGGUACAUUAUAAGUCCCAUCAAUGGCACAGUGUAUCUCUCUGAGAAAGACCCUGUCAAUACAAAGAUUGCCCUCAUUACAGUUUCAGAUAAGGACACAGAUGUGAAUGGCAAAGUGAUCUGUUUUAUUGAAAGAGAGGUCCCAUUUCAUCUGAAGGCAGUAUAUGACAACCAGUAUCUGCUAGAGACCUCUUCUUUGCUGGACUAUGAGGGCACCAAAGAAUUCAGCUUUAAAAUCGUUGCCUCUGAUUCGGGGAAGCCCAGUUUGAAUCAGACUGCCCUAGUAAGGGUUAAGCUUGAGGAUGAAAAUGACAACCCACCAAUUUUCAACCAGCCUGUAAUUGAGCUGUCAGUUUCCGAAAACAACCGACGUGGGUUAUACUUAACAACUAUUAGUGCUACAGAUGAAGACAGUGGGAAAAAUGCAGACAUUGUUUAUCAGCUAGGACCGAAUGCCUCCUUCUUUGAUCUGGACAGAAAGACAGGAGUUUUGACAGCCUCCAGAGUCUUUAACAGGGAGGAACAAGAGCGGUUCAUUUUUACAGUAACUGCCAGGGACAAUGGGACCCCUCCCCUCCAGAGCCAAGCAGCAGUGAUAGUUACUGUUCUGGAUGAGAAUGACAAUAGCCCCAAGUUUACUCACAAUCACUUUCAGUUUUUUGUGUCUGAGAAUCUGCCAAAGUAUAGUACUGUGGGGGUAAUCACAGUGACAGAUGAAGACGCUGGAGAGAAUAAAGCUGUGACUCUUUCCAUUCUAAAUGACAAUGAAAAUUUUGUGUUGGAUCCCUAUUCGGGAGUCAUAAAGUCCAAUGUCUCCUUUGAUAGAGAGCAGCAGAGUUCCUACACGUUUGACGUCAAAGCCACCGAUGGAGGACAGCCACCACGGUCCUCUACUGCAAAAGUAACUAUCAAUGUCAUGGAUGUCAAUGACAAUAGUCCAGUUGUCAUUUCUCCACCAUCCAACACCUCCUUUAAGUUGGUGCCCCUCUCAGCCAUUCCCGGUUCUGUGGUUGCUGAAGUGUUUGCGGUUGAUAUUGACACCGGAAUGAAUGCAGAACUCAAGUAUACCAUAGUGAGCGGGAACAACAAGGGAUUAUUUCGGAUUGAUCCAGUAACAGGCAAUAUCACCUUAGAAGAGAAGCCAGCACCUACUGAUGUGGGCCUGCACCGUCUUGUGGUCAACAUAAGUGACCUGGGGUACCCUAAGGCUUUGCACACUCUUGUGCUGGUAUUUCUUUAUGUGAACGACACUGCUGGAAACACCUCAUACAUAUAUGACUUGAUCCGUAGGACUAUGGAGACCCCGCUGGACAGGAACAUAGGAGAUAGUGGUCAACCUUAUCAGAACGAGGACUAUCUCACCAUCAUGAUUGCCAUCGUUGCUGGGGCCAUGGUGGUCAUCGUUGUGAUCUUUGUCACAGUGCUGGUGCGCUGUCGCCAUGCAUCAAGGUUCAAGGCCGCUCAGAGGAGCAAACAAGGGGCUGAAUGGAUGUCCCCAAACCAGGAGAAUAAACAAAAUAAGAAAAAGAAACGGAAGAAAAGAAAGUCGCCCAAGAGUUCUCUUUUGAACUUUGUUACUAUCGAAGAGUCCAAACCGGAUGAUGCAGUUCAUGAACCUAUCAAUGGGACCAUAAGCCUGCCUGCCGAGCUGGAGGAACAGAGUAUAGGAAGAUUUGACUGGGGCCCAGCCCCUCCAACAACCUUCAAGCCUAACAGCCCUGACCUGGCCAAGCACUACAAAUCUGCCUCUCCUCAGCCUGCUUUUCAUCUCAAACCUGACACUCCAGUUUCCGUGAAAAAGCACCACGUCAUUCAAGAGCUCCCGUUGGACAACACCUUUGUUGGGGGCUGCGACACUCUUUCCAAACGCUCCUCCACUAGUUCAGAUCACUUCAGUGCCUCAGAGUGCAGCUCCCAAGGAGGCUUCAAGACAAAGGGCCCCUUACACACCAGACAGUGUAACUCACACAGCAAAAAUGACAAUAUUCCUGUCACACAUCAGAAAUGUCCCGGCUCUACCAGUUUCCACAUUCGCGAGAAUGAAGAAAGCCAUUCUGAGUCUCAGCGCCGUGUUACCUUUCACCUCCCGGAUGGCUCCCAGGAAAGCUGCAGUGACAGUGGUCUGGGAGACCACGAGCCGGUGGGUAGUGGAACCCUGAUCUCACACCCUCUUCCUCUGGUUCAGCCACAGGACGAAUUCUACGACCAGGCCUCUCCGGACAAGAGGACCGAAGCAGACGGCAACUCCGACCCCAAUUCUGAUGGCCCUCUGGGUCCCCGAGGUUUAGCUGAAGCUACAGAGAUGUGCACUCAAGAGUGUCUGGUUUUGGGUCACUCUGAUAAUUGCUGGAUGCCUCCUGGCUUGGGUCCAUACCAACACCCUAAAUCUCCUCUGUCAACCUUUGCACCCCAGAAAGAAUGGAUCAAGAAAGACAAGCUUGUGAAUGGGCACACCCUGACAAGAGCGUGGAAAGAAGACACCAACAGGAACCAAUUCAAUGACCGUAAGCAGUAUGGCUCCAAUGAAGGCCAUUUCAACAAUGGCGGCCACAUGGCGGACAUUCCUCUGGCAAAUCUGAAGUCCUAUAAGCAAGCAGGAGGCACGAUUGAGAGUCCUAAGGAGCACCAACUUUAAGAUGAAGCUGUAUGGGACCUAAUACCUUUACUCUAAAUAGACAUGCUAAUACUGUGCGUUGGAGCUUUAUGUAUUCGAUAGAUCGCUACAACUAUGCCCCUUAUCGUAGGGAAUACUCAUAACUUUGUGUUAGCACGAUGGAGGAUACAAUGCUUUGCAGCAUAAGAGAGAAAAUAGUUCUACUAGCCAUGUGAUGAUGUUCUUUACUAGAAUUGAUUAAACUCUCCAGAGAUCUCUCCAUUGUGCAAUUUAUUUUUAUUACUGCAUUUUCUUUUGACCCUGGACUGCUGCUAUGAACAAUAGAAUAUGCAUUUGGAGAGUAAGAAAGUUCCACGGAUUAGAGUGACUGACAAAACAUAUCCAGUUAGAAAUUUGUGCUCUUUUUGUCUUUGAUUUAUGCUGGGACCUCUAUACUUGACAUUAUACUUCAAACAAAACUUUAAAAGAUAAGCAUUAAACCUAUUGUGCUGUUAACACCGUUAGUGGACACUUGUACGUCAAUCAGUGUUAAAGUAUUUGUAAAUAGAAGCAAGCUAUUAUUAACAAUUUUGUGUACUUAUAGCACUCACCUACAAAUGUUGUAGCAUAAUUCUGUGUUGAUGGUUGCUUCUUUCCUUUUCUCUAUUGCCCUCUUUCUUCUUAUUUUUGUUGUUUCUUUCGGUGAGGUGUUUCCGCGUUAGUAGUUUGUCUUGGCACACAUUGUUCAAAGAAUCUUAAAUAUUUGUGUUUUAAAAUGGUUCUGAGAUUUUGCUUCUUCUAUGAUAACUUAGAAUGUUAGAACUCUGUAAAAAAUAUAAAGACAAAAGAAAAUAUGAAAACUUCAAACAACAAUAGCAGCAGACAAAUGCUUCUGCAAACUCUUGGAAAUUCAGAACCUCUUUUUGACAUCCUUAUUUUCAAAGUAGGCAAAAUUAAAAAUGACUUAAUUAGUACCAUUAAGUGAGAAAGUGAUGGGAAGUGUUAUCUAUCAAAUGUGAUAUAAUAUUCUGUACUUGUUACUCUUUCAAAACUGAUGUAUUAAAAUAAGUAUAUAUUGAAGAAAAAAUCAUUACUCAAAAAUAGUUUCAAUUGGGCAAAUGUGUGUCUCCAACUUUGUUGAAAUGACAGAGUUUGUGUUGAUCCUCAUAUACAAUACUGUUGUUGUAACACAAGUGUUAUUAGACCAUAGCCACAAAAUAUUUAAUGUGUUGUGCCUUCAUGAUGUAACAGAACAUUCUCCAGGUAGGUAGUUGGGGAAAAUAAAGGGAUAAAUCUCUAAUUAUUGCUGUUUAACUGUUUGUUAUCAUAGUUGGUCAAUGCCUGGCAGGUACCAGCAUUUUGUCACUUGGGUCAAACCAAGGGAGUGACAGAUAAUGUUAAUAAGAUCUCAGUUGCACGUGCAAACAAAUCCAAAUUUGAACAUUCUUAGGAGGUUUUUUGUUAAGGCAUGACAGAUGAUUUAAACAAAUAAAUAGCAUGCAACAAAAUGUCUUUAUUGAAAGGAGUGAAAGUUAUAUUAACGCCACGGUUCACCAUCAACUUAAAAGUUAAAAAAAAAAAAAGAAAAAAGUUUAAAAAAAUCGCUAAUCCGAUAGUUAAUUUGUUCUUACCAAAAAUAAAGUUACUUUGUAAAUAGCAGUUCACAUUUUUCCACAGUAUAAUGGAAAAUAAUGGGUAGGGGUGCAUUGCUUAUUGAAGUCAUUUUUGUCGGUUUGUGAGGGGUGUUUGAUGACUUUGACAAAAUAAAUAUCUAAACAAAUAUCCUUGUUACUGCUUUGCCAGUUCUACGUUAUUUACAAUUAUUCAGCUCUUGCAAUAAAUGUUCUGAAUUAAUAAU